UCGAGGCCGGGCGUUUACAGGGCCGCUAAUCUGUGGCAGUGAGAGGGGCGGUCACGUGAACUCAGAGGCCAGCUGCCUAGCUCCAAUAUGGUGGUGAGUUCGGCGGCUGUUUGCCUCUGCCUCUUGGCUGUGUACAUCUCCGCUUCCCGGCUCGUUUGCUGUACCCCGCUCCCCGUCCAGGUUUUGGGGGUCCGGCUAGAGAAUCCGGGACCGGUAGCGUCUUUGCGGACAGGGGUGGUCCUUUCAGACCCCAACACUACCUUCACACUCCGAUUGUACGGCUCCAACCUGCUCAAUGCGAGUUGGCCGUGGCUGGCGUUCGCUAGUGGUAGUGGCGAUAGUGGCGGCGGCGUUCCCGCGGAAUCUGACCCGUGUCACGAUGCCAAACUGCGAAGUUCGGCCACUUUCCAUUUGGAAAGCUACGUGGAAAGUGGGAGUCGCUCGGACUCUGCUUUGGUCCAUGUGCGAGUUACCGGUGCCGAUGUGGCUCACGUGUAUCACCUGUGCACCCGCCUAGAACAGGAGGACAAGUGGAAGUCUUUUCCGGGCCACAACGUACUUUUUGUCCAGCAGGAGCCUGAGCCCGAGCCCCCGCCGCCUCAUCCUCUCUGGCUCCUUGCCCUGUUUGUCGCGCUGCUGCUGCUUGCCUCGGCCGUCUUCAAGAGCGUCCACCUGAGUCUGUUGUGGUUGGACCCACUCGAGCUGUAUGUGCUGCGUUCAUGCGGUUCCGAGAAGGAGAAAAAGUGUGCCAAACGUCUGGAGCCUGUACGCCGGCGGGGAAACUUCCUGCUAUGCGCCCUGUUACUGCUCGGUGCCCUGGGCCACACCGCCUUAGGGGUCUUAUUCUACCGCGUCCUUGGCUCCACGGUCCCCGCAGUGUUCAUCAGUGGACUCAUGCUGUUCUUCGUUGCGGAGCUAAUCCCUCAUAUACUGUGCUCCCGCUAUGGAUUUCGCUUGGCCCCGGGCAUCACCUGGCUUGCCCAAGCCAGUAUGGUGUUCACCUGCCCGCUGUCCUGUCCGCUGGGGCUCUUGCUGGAUUUGACUCUGCGUAGGGACGUGAGUACUUGCUAUGUGCGCGAGAAGAUUGUGGACCUGAUGCGCUCUAGCGAUCCGUACAAUGAGUUCGUCAAGGAGGAGUUUAGCCGGGGCAGUCUGCGGUACAAGACGGUGGAGGAUAUCCUGACACCCUUAAAGGAAUGCUUCAUGCUCAGCUCGGUGGCCGUCCUGGACUUCGGUACCAUGUCCGAAAUUAUGCAGAGCGGCUACACCCGAGUGCCAGUGUACGAGGACGAACGCACAAACAUCGUGGACAUCUUGUACGUCAAAGACUUGGCCUUGGUGGACCCCGAUGACUGCACUCCAUUGAGUACCAUUACAAAGUUCUAUAAUCACCCCUUGCACUUUGUCUUCAAUGACACCAAACUGGACGCUAUGCUGGAGGAGUUCAAAAAGGGUAAAUCACACAUGGCAAUUGUGCAAAAAGUAAACAAUGAAGGAGAGGGUGACCCUUUCUAUGAGGUGCUGGGGUUGGUCACUCUGGAGGAUGUCAUUGAAGAGAUUAUUAGAUCAGAAAUCCUGGAUGAGUCCGAUGGUUAUACUGAGUCGAAAAUAAAGAAGAAGCCUGCACCUAUUGACAAACCUCUUGAGCAUCGAAAGGAUGAUUUCUCCCUGUUCAAGGUGCCCGAUGGUGAGCUGAAAGUUAAGACAUCACCUCAGCUAUUGUUGGCUACUCACCGCUUCCUGUCUCGAGAGGUGGAUUUGUUCAGCCCCUCCAAGAUCUCUGAGAAGAUUCUGAUGCACCUGCUAAAACAUCCCAGUGUGAACCAGGAGACUAAAUUUGACACCACCAACCGGCAAUCGGCAGAUCAUUACUUGUACCACCGAAACCACCCAGUUGACUAUUUCAUCCUCAUCUUACAGGGCCGAGUGGAAGUGGAAAUAGGGAAAGAGGGGCUGAAAUUCGAGAAUGGGGCAUUCACCUACUAUGGGGUGUCUGCUUUGUCUGCUCCUUCAUCAGUGCAUCAGUCUCCAGUGUCAACAUUACGAAACAGCCAGAAAGAUCAGGUUGAUGUGGAGGAUGGUGGUCAAGGCACCUAUUACCCUGAUUAUACUGUACGUGCGCUGACCGAUCUGCAGUAUAUCAAGGUGUCACGACUGCAGUAUCUCAAUGCAUUAAUGGCUUCACGGAUUCGAACAUGUCCAGACAGCAUUGAUACAAAGAUUGUUCCCAACAGCCAAACUAAACUUCUGAAUGAUAGGAAUCUGACUGCAGUAUUUCCUGUUCACUCUUCAACAUUCGAUUCUAUAGAGAGCUACAGUUAAUGGAAGUGCAGGAAGAAGUAAAGAGCAUAUCUCAGAGGAAUUGGUUCCUGGGAUAAAGGUGGGGGAAUAACACUAUUUGAAAAAAUCAACAACCGCUAAAAUGAACAGUAUACCCCACCGUCCUAUUAUCCUGAACACUGUGUGCUUCGUGGUGCUCAGGUCGAACUGCUGGAGCUGGAUGAGCCUGAGCCUGGCUGCCAUCCUUGCCUGUACUCCUUUUUGUGCCUCUCCUGCUAAUUGCAGCUUCCUCUGCCUGAAAAGAACAAUCUGCUUGUUUACUGCGUGGCUCCCUGGUGAUGUGUAGCACAAAAGGAGAGGCCUGGGAACUGAGUUUGGGCAAGAGCUCUGCAAGGACCCCAUGACACUCUUGAUUCUAUAUAUGUUGUUCUGUGAAACAACAUUUAAUUUUAUGUUGGUAUUUUUUUUUUUUUUUUAAACUAAUUAAUACUGAACACUGCAGCUGCACAUUAAGCAUGGUUGGUCAGAAUAUGCCCGACAACACAGCCAUGCCAUGCCAUGACUAAGCACAGGUUGGUUAUUUCUUAUAUUGCAUUAUUGUGCCAAGAUUUUCCAUAUUUUUAGAGAUGGUGAGCUGAAAAUCUGGACUUCAGUUGGGCUUAUUGAACUUCUUAAACCUUAGCAUGUGGUGCUAAAGGAAGUAAUAUUUUUUCUUUCUUAUGCAAAAGUAUAUCUUUUGUGACAGUGCUAUUUGCCACUACAGAAACUGGCAUUUUGUGACAAAAGUAGCAACUUUAAAUAUACUUUGGAAGUGUUUUCUCUACAGAACACAAAGUGCCAAAUAUGUGUACAUCAGUAUUAUAGUAGUGGGGUCAGACACAGCGGCAAGGCUAGCACAUUACAUAUGAGGUUAUAAAAGAUGAAAUUUGUCUAUUUGAGAGUAGAGUGCUAAUUAGGUCCAUGAUAUCAAUGAGCAGUCUGUAUCACCCAGUUUUGAAGACCGUCCACAGCUUUUCUCAUGAAGACUGGCUCAAUGUCAUUGAUGGGUUUGUAACAACAUUUCCAGAAAAAGUGAACUUCUGAAAGUGUUAAUUAGAUGUUUAAAAAUAGAAAAGUGGCAAAGACGGCUGCAUUAGUCCUCUUCUUUCUCUUUUACUGAAUGGGUUCCCUGCUUUAUCUCUUGCAAUGUCCAUAUAGCCCCUUUCAAAAGUGUCUGGCCAAACAGUGUUGUGGAUGUUUUGUUUUUUUAUUAUCAACAUUAUAGGUGCUAGGUUUAGAUCAGCACAAUAAUUCUAGGACUGGCAGAACUGUGCUUUUAAACUGGUACUGAUAUGGAACGUAGGGGAAAUGUUAGUCAAGUUUAGACAUGGCUGAAGGAAAUGGUCCACUUCAGAUGGGUGUAUGAUAUUGGUAACGAACCUGACACAGUGGACUGUGGUGACAGUGCAGUUUUUGAGGUUGAUGGCUGCUCACUUGCAGUUGGAGCAAAGAGUCAAGUUGAAGCAGUGACAGCUCAACUUUGACAUAUGGAGAAUGUAUAAGAGGUAAUGGAUGCUUACUUAAGAUGGAGAAGGUGUUGCUUGUGUCAAAUGCGUUGUACAAGUAAGUUGCAAAACCAUAGAAAGUUCUCUUAUUUUUGUUCUGUUAUGCAGUUUUUAUCUUUGUGAUCCUGUAAUACAUUCCUCAUAAGGAAAUCUUUUAGAAUAUAUUUUUAUUAGUUAUAUUAAGCUUAUUGCACUUACACUGUUCUUUUCCAGACUGAGAGAAACUGUGUUCUAGUCUAGCAUCUGAGAAAUGCUGAAUCACAACUGGGAAUAAUGUGUUGAAGUGAUAUUUUACAUAACUUUUUUUUUUUUGUGUGCGGAGACCACUGUAGUCUCAGAGCUACUAUAUGACCAAGCACAUCCACUGUUAAGUACAUUUUUUGAUCAAGUAUGUUAGCACUUGCGGACAUUCUAUUCAAGCAGCCCUAACUUGUGUUAUGUGCUAAAUCUAUUAGAUUCCUAAAACAUUCCAUUUCGGACACACUGCUGUUAAAACACUUAGAUUCAUCACCUUAACUCAUAGGGCCACACUGCUGGAUUCUUGAUUAGAUGUAUGCUCAGACCAGAAAGGAACUGACCUACUAAAUUCAGUGGCACAGACUACAUUAGAUACAGUAUGUAUGAUUGUCAUGAAGUAGGAGAAUGUGGCAGAGGUUCGUAUCUUGGUAGUUUGAGGGAUGUGCUUUACAACAGGCAGUGAAUAUGGGGACAUUGGUGUAGAUCCUUGUUAUGGCAGCAGGGUAUUUCUCAUCAUCGUUGUCCUUCACAACAAAUGUAUUAAUGUGUAUAAGUUCUAGUAAAUAUUUUUUUAGUUAUGAAUAUAUUGUCCUGGGUUAUGUAAAAUCAUUCACAUUGUAACAUUUGCAUAUAUGUAUAUGUAAAAAUAUUAUUUUCCUUGUUGGACAAUUUAAACCUUCUGUAAGGAGAGUAGUUAGUAUAUAUAAAGGUCUGUUUUACAGAUAACUGAAAAUCGCAUUACCAGGGAAAUAAAAUAAUAGCUGUUCUUUUUAAAA